AAAAAAAAAAAUUAAACAAAAGUAUACAUUUUUACAGAAGUGAAAUGAAGUCGUUCCCAAAUACCAAAACAGAGCUAACUAUAUUUACCACUCAUAGCUCUUGGUGUUAAAAAACUACGGCCAACAUGCGAAUCAAUCACCAUAACCAAGAGAAGAGGAUAAUAUGUGUUGUAAUAAUACAAAGCAUAUUAUUGUUUACUUGAAAAAAGAACUGAGGUGGUAGUGUAAUAUUUUGUACCUUUACCACUACACAACCUCUCUCUUACCUAUUUUCCUCUCCUCUUUAAUUGUACCGAUCUCAACUCUGCCACCACCCAUCUCCUCCGGUCCGGCUGACCAUAUUUUCCGUUCGACAAUCUCCGUCCAUCUAUUCCUGCUUAAUAUCUGAUGUGAAUCAUUGCUAAAAGGAUUUAAGCAAACUCAAAUCAUUUCUCUUGCUGUAAAAUAUAAUCUAUUAGUUGCUGGAGGAUUUCAAAAACUUAUUUGGAAGUGGAAAGGUCUUAAUCCCGUAGCCACACACACUCAGUGAACACACCGAUGCUCAAGGAGAAGGCUCACCGAGUCUCUCAGCAACUUUCAUUAUCUUCUGCAGCUUCCCAACGUUGGAGAACCGAAGUCCAGAGAAACCAACUAGCUUCCAAAAUCUCAUCUAUUCUCCUACAGAGACACAACUGGGUUCAACUCCUCCAAAACCUCAAACUCACCCCACCUCUCUUCCUCCAAAUCCUACAUAGGAUCCAGAACAACCCACGCAUCUCGCUGGACUUCUUUCAUUGGGCCAAAUCGCAUCUUGGGUUUGAAUCAGACCUCAAAUCCCAAUGUCAUGUCAUCCAAAUCUCACUCGGGUCUGGCUUUACUCAAUCUGUGAAGCCCCUUUUGGAUUCUCUGGUUCAGAGCUACCCUGCACCAGUUCUUGUAGAGCACUUGACUCUGUCAUGUAAAGGUAAAAAUUCUCUGUUCCUAUCUUUGAGCUUUGUUCUCGAAACUUACGGACGGAAGGGUUUGUUCAGAGAAGGCUUAGAGGUUUAUGGAAAAAUGAGAGUUCAUGGUUAUACCCCCUCGAUUAGUGUCUGCAAUGUUCUUCUUGAUGCUAUUCAACGAGGGAAUGAGAUUAGAUUGGCUUGGUCCUUUUAUGGUGCCAUACUUCGAAAUGGGGUCUUGCCGAAUAAAUUUACAUGGUCCCUGAUAGCACGAAUUAUUGGUAGAAAUGGGGAACAUGAAAGAAUAGCUAGAAUUAUAGAAUUGGGUGUUUAUAGUUCUGAGAUAUAUAAUUCUCUUCUUGAUUGUCUUACCAAAAGUGGGAACUUUAAAGCUUCAUUUGAUUGCUUAAAUGAGAUGCAUGAAAGAAAACUUAACCCGGGUUUCAGUACUUUGAGCUUGAUUCUCAAUGGGGCUUGUAAAUAUGAAAAUUCUGAAGCGAUUGCUAGAAUAAUGAGUAUUAUGGUUGAAAACGAACUCAUUUCUAUGAGUCCUUUAUGUGAAUAUGAUACAGUGAUACAAAAACUUUGUGGCUUGAACCGAACAUAUGCAGCUGAGAUGUUCUUUAGGAAAGCUUUUGAUGAAAAUAUUGGAUUGCAGGAUGCUACUUACGGGUAUAUGCUAAGGGUGUUGUCUAAAGAAGAGAGAACGGAUAUAGCAAUUUGGAUAUACAGUCUAAUUUCUGAGAAGGGUGUUGUAUUGAAUGAGGCGACUUAUAAUGCAUUUGCUAGUGUCCUUCUCAGGAAAGAGCAAUCUGAGGAGGUAUGUGAGUUGUUAAUGGAACUUAUAAAAAGAGGAUUUAGUCCUUGCUCAUCAGAUUUGUCUGGAUUUUUAGCGGUUUUAUGUAGAAAGGGCAGAUGGAGAGAGGCAGAAGACAUGUUGAAUGUGAUAUUGGACAAAGGACUUUUGCCUGAUUCAUUAUCUUGUUGCUCGUUAGUGGAGCAUUACUGUUUUAGCAAACAGAUAGAGUCAGCUAUCAAAUUGCAUGAUAAGAUGGAAAAAAUGAACCUUAGUUUGGAUGUAACAACUUACAAUGUACUUCUUAAUGGCCUGGUUGUGGUAAGGAGAAUGGAAGAAGCAGUCAGGGUGUUUGAUCACAUGAGAAGCCACCAAAAGCUAAGCAGUGCCAGUUUUACAGUUAUGAUUCAAGGGCUUUCUCGUUUAAAUGAACUCAGGAAAGCCUUGAAACUUCAUGAUGAGAUGUUGAAGAUGGGACUUAAGCCAGAGGAAGCAACGUAUAAGAGUUUAAUAUUUGUGUUUAAGUAAGAUAAAUUUUUUGUAGCGCAUUCACUCUAUUCGGUUAAGCUGACUGUAACCAUUUUUUGAAUUUUUUUUUUAAUAUUAAAUUUACAUGGUUGUUC